UAAUUUCGUAGUAACUUUAGAUCCAGCAAUGGCGUCGGAGAAAAAUAAUCCUACUCGAUCUCCAAUGUACCCUCAGGUCAUCGACCCAAAUUACGAAACUACCCUCCCCCCAUCUUCAUCAUCGCCAUCCUCUCGCCCCAAUCUGUACCCUACCAUUGACAUGAAAGACCUCGUCGAGAACCUCUUUCCGGACGUUAAUGACGAAACUCCCCCCGCAAACAUUUCUAGUGCCCCCUCUGCCCCUCCCGAAUCCAUGGAGGAAACUCUCCUCACUGUCCCCGGCGCCAUCCUCCACUUGAUCGACAAGCAAUACUCCGUCGAGCUCGCCACUGGGGAUUUAGUCAUCCUCCGUCUCCGGCAAGGAGACAACACCGUUGCCGUUCUAGCCCGGGUGGCUGACGAGAUCCAGUGGCCUCUGACCAAGGACCUGGCCGCCGUCAAACUCGAUCCUUCUCGUUACUUCUUCUCCUUCUGCGCCCCGAUAGAGGGCGAAGGUUCGGACUCCAGCAGCGACGAUGAAAUUGAUGACAAAAGGCAAAAGCAGAAGCAAAAGAAAAAGAAAAAGAAAAAGAAAAAUAGAAAAGAAUCGGAAAAUAUUGAGUCGUUAGACGUGUUAAAUUACGGAUUGACGAUAGCUUCGAAGGGUCAGGAGGAUUUGUUGAAACAAUUAGAUGGAGUUUUAGAGAUUUCGAGCAGUUUUUCAGUACAACAAGUCGAAGAAAAGGUGGUGGCGCAGUUGGGUGGCGCGGUGGCCAGGGAGGUGUCGCCAGCUGACUUGGUGUCGGAGAAGAAGAAGGAGGUAUUGGAAGAGCGGUGCGCAGCGUAUUGGACCACGCUGGCGCCUAAUGUAGAAGAGUACAGUGGGACUGCAGCCAAGUUGAUAGCAGCUGGAUCAGGCCAGUUAGUUAAGGGGAUAUUGUGGUGUGGAGACGUUACCGUGGAUAGGUUGAAAUGGGGAAAUGAGGUUUUAAAGACGAGAAUGACCACAGGGUCCAAGGCUGAGGUUAGUCCCGAUACCUUAAGAAGGAUAAAAAGGGUUAAGAGAGUGACAAAGAUGACUGAGAAGGUAGCGCUAGGGGUCCUUUCAGGUGUUGUGAAGGUUUCAGGUUUCUUUACCAGUUCAGUUGCCAACUCCAAAGCUGGAAAGAAGUUCUUUGGCCUCUUACCGGGGGAAAUGGUCCUUGCCUCUCUGGAUGGAUUCAGUAAAAUUUGUGAUGCUGUCGAGGUAGCAGGAAAGAAUGUAAUGUCAACGUCAUCGACCGUGACGACUGGACUUGUCUCCCAUAGAUAUGGGGAAGAAGCAGCUAAGGCAGCAAGUGAAGGGCUCGAUGCUGCAGGGCAUGCCGUAGGAACUGCAUGGGCUGUUUUUAAGAUCAGAAAGGCACUAAAUCCAAAAGGUGUUCUAAGCCCCCGUUCCUUGGCUAAGUCUGCUGCUAAAUCUGUUGCUGCUGAGAAAAAAGCUAAGAGUUCCAAGAAAUAGUUAAGGAUGUUGUUUCUUGGCUCCACUUAUUCAGUUAAAUGCUGCAAAGUAAUUAUGCCCUGUCACACAUCUCCAAUUUGACAUGUCAUGUAGGAGAUCUGAGGCCUGGGUCUAUUGUUGUAACUUUCUCUUCUAGGUGAAAUUCAUUUCUGGUAAGUUUUCCCC